AUCUACUUCGAGGUGAGUCGUUUCUUGUCGGGCUCCACAAUGGCAUCCAUUUGCUCGUACUGCGGUUACCCUAUCAUUGCAGAAACGGUUUACAACAAAUGUAGCUGCUGUGACAAAUUAUUUCACAUCCAAUGCACCCAGCUUCCUGCUACACUCGCCAACGAAGUAAGACGGCGUAUCGAUUUACAUUGGAGUUGCAGUCGAUGCACUACUGUCUUAAAUAUGCCUCACAGUAUACCACUUACGGCGGCUUUACGUGCGGUACAGCCUCAAACAGAAGCAUCGCAGCGCAUACACUCCUCAGUAAACAACUCUCAGCUGUCUCAGAAACGGCAUACCACCGUCACCGCCACCAGCGCAACAUCCUUCCCUCGCACCAUCAUCGGUACCAGCUUAAACUGCACGGCACUGCCUGUUGCUCACAAAUCAUGCCCACCGGCUUCAUCCCGUGCAUGGCUUCAUCUAUCCGGAUUGGAUAAUAGCGUUACUAGCGAGCACGUUACUUCCGCCGUUGCGUCGCUGCUGGGGAGCGACGAUAUAAUUGUCUUUAGUUUGCUGCGAAAAGGUGACGAUGCCGCUACCGUACGUUCGCUCUCGUUUAAAGUAGGCAUCCCGGGUACGCUCCGGGGCAAAGCUUUCCUGCCCAACACUUGGCCACUGGGAUUGCAAGUGAGAGAGUUUGUGUGCGGCAAUGGUUCAAGCACUACGCCGCCACCUUCCAGUGGCAUGGAUGAGCCGGGGCUCAAAAAGCAGUGCCAAUCACAACCUGUCGCAGCACGCGCCGUUCGUAUGCCGCGUACGGCGAGGCGCAAAGAAGCUCCGCGAGAGGUGGCUGCUAAUCAGCCAACGUUGGAGCGAUUUUUUCUUACACAGGCGCGGCACGACGCAGUCAAUGAUAAGGAUUAGGCAGGGGCUUGGGACGUGGUUUUGAAUUGAGAGGUUUGUUGUUGUCUUUGAAAAGCGUUGAGAUCUUGCAAGAGAAAAUACACAUGUUGGAUUUGUUUUUACUUCUUAAUUAUCUUCCCUGUUAUUUUAUGAAUAAAAUGUAAUUAACAUCGCACUUUAUGCACUUUAA